GCUCAGAUGAUCCGGCCCUAGAGUUAGACCAAAGUCCAUGAACAUAAAGCAAGACACGACUAGCGUAUACAUUCUAUUAAGUACAAUUCCGUAGGUCUCGGUGAGUGUGAGUCACAGUCUCAUCAAUCUACUACACCUGUUGAAAAUGGCAAGCCGUCACCUCCUGGCUUCCGUCGUGAAGACGGCGGUUUUCCCGUGCCUCCUCUCCUGGCCUCUCGCCACGUUUUUCCAAGUGCUUCCGGUUUCGGGAAAUUUGCGAGGAAAAUCUGAG